AUGGUCACCAAAGACAAUCUUCGGUCAUCUGAGAAUCCGGCAAAACAAGGCUGGGACUCCACGGAAUCCAAGAAAUCUCUUAUGGAACGUAUUCGAGACUUGCAACAUCAAGAAUACUCUCUUCAAGCGUCCAUUACCAAAACCACGGGACCCAACUACCGUAAGCUAUUGGAGGAGAAGGAUAGAGAGAUUGAGGAGUUGAUGCACUACAAAGAGGCAUAUGAGGCAUUGAAAUCGGAAAAUGAGGAGAAAAAUUCAAACACCUAUGCUCGAUUUCCAUUCAAUCAAAGUAGAAAGCAUAGAACAAAAACAAUGGAAAAGACGGUCUAUCAAUAUCAGAAGAUAUCAGAAGCUGACCUAACUCCUUCUGAGGUUUUGCUGUUCUUUGUUGCCUGUCCCCUUCUUGUUUCGUUGCUCAUUUUAUUGCCAUUCGUACUAUUCGCAUAUGCUUACCCUCGCACUAAAUAA